UGAACAUAUUAACUCCGCUGAAAAGCCUUAUUACGUAGGACAGUGCCACUAAAAGUAAAAUCUUGAUGUUAGUCAGAUGUUAAGGUGUUCACUACGUCACCCACUUUGGGGUUCUAAUCCUGGAUUAACCACAUGUAUUAACUGAGUGCAAAGCAGUUGCUCACGGCAUGAAACAACACGCAUUUAAACGUGUGAGCUACAUAACAAGUUAUGGACAUAAAGUUCAGAACAGCAAUUCUGUACUUGCCUUUUGUACUUAAUUUAAUGUCUUCUUGUGAUAUAGUGCCAUUUUCAAGGAUGGGGAAUUUUGCUUCUUCCACCACGGGUGGAUCAGCAAGUGUAAAGCUUGUUCAUGAAUUGGUGUCACAGAACUGUGUUGUGAUAUUUUCUAAGACCACUUGUCCAUACUGCAAAAUGGCGAAAAACGUGUUCAAUGAAAUCGGUGCCUCUUACAAAGUAAUUGAACUUGAUGAACACAACGAUGGGAGGAGGCUACAAGAGGCCUUAGCUCAAAUGACUGGUGCCAGGACGAUGAAUGCAUUUGCCAGCAUAUUGAAUAUGGUGCCAAGAGUCUUCAUUAAUGGAAACUGUAUCGGAGGUGGCUCGGAUACCAAACAGCUCCAUCAGCAGGGCAAGUUAGUGCCCCUGAUCAAUCAGUGUGCUCCCUGUGGUGAUCCCAUCUCUGAAAGCUCAGGGAGUGGACAGUUUGAAUCUGCCAAGUGACUAACCGUUCUUCUAAUUUCUUGCAUUCAUUUAUUUUUAAAUGUUUGCUAAGUCUUGUGCUUCAAGUUGUAUAUUCCUUGAAUUAUUUAUUUAUAAAAGUGCACUGAGUAAAUUGUCAUGUAACACGAUUUCCUCUAUUCACAUCUUUUUAGGAACGUCAUCACAGUGUUAUUUUUAUUAGUCAUUGAAUACGAAUAAGUGUUCUACUUUUUUGUUUCUGGUUUUAAUUGUUUUAGGGGAUUAUCGCCAUCCUCUAAUUAUCAGUGUCUAACAAAUGGGAAAAAUACUUCUCCUAAAUGAUGUACUGCAUUUCACGUGGCCUAUUAUGCAAAUAAAACAUUGAAUUGAGAAAUGAAAUGACUGUGUAAAGAUUUGUUUUAACUCAUUUUAGUAGGAUUUUCAGAAACUGUUUGGGCACAGAAUUAAUUCAUGUACAGUAAUCAUCAUUUACUUCGGUUGGUGACUACUUUUAGUUGAUUAGUAUUAUUUUGAAGUAUCGCUACUCUUACUUGAGUACAAUUUUUGGCUACCCACCUCUGCGUCCAACUAAUCAAAUACUAUUGGCAUAAACAUAUCAAAUACUUAAGAUUAUUUCAAUGUGUCACAGAUUGGUGUGUUCAAAUGUUUACUGCACAAAUGUAUUCACAUAUUGUAGCUAAAUUGUGGGAAGUUAGCAGAGUGACUUAGUGAUUAGCAUGUAUGCCUCACAGUUUGUUAAAUGUUACAGAUUUGAGUUUAAGCGAGUUUGAGUGAGUUGAGCCAGUUUAAUGUUCUCUGCCAGUGCUGGUGUGGAUGUUUUUCCCCUGACUAUUCCCGAUACCACUAGUGUUAUAUAACAUGCUUAUCAGUUUAAUUGAAGUGGUCCAUCUGCAGUGGUGGAAUGUAACAACAUAUAAAAUACUUCGUUACUGUACUUAAAUACGUUUUACAUGAGUACAAAUAUGAAUUGGUACUUUUACUCCACUACUUUUCAAAUUGUUGACUGCAUUACAUGUAACUUCCCCAAAAUGAUUUGAUUGAUUGAUUUGAUAGUUUCG